CUGAAGACAGACGAGAGCCGAUUCUUUGGUCGGAAACUUGGUUUCAACGAUUGGAAUUUUAUCGGAGAGUCGCUAGUUUUCUACCUCGAUCCACCAAUCCUUACAAGAGCCCUUGUCUAGAAGAAUAG